UAGAUUUUAAUGGAUCGUAAAGAUAAUACGGGGAUGAGGUCCCGCCCUCAGCAGGUCUCGGUCCCUCCCCCGGCCUUCCAGGUCCCUGAACCCCAAUCUCUCAGUGAGGGAACGGCAGUGCAAGUGUCAGAAGACGAUGACUGUCGGUCCAAUUCCGAAUAUUUCGCACUCAGACUAGAUUCGAAUAUCAGUCGCUAUAGUGCGUCAUCUAGAGGCGAUGAUGAAACGAGCAGUCAUCUGUCAUCAAUUUUUACAUCAGACUUAUCAAUUUGUGAAGACGAUUUAGAACAUGACGGAGAAACUCAAACUUCAUCAGUUGUGUCAUCGACUUCCUCACAUUUGUCAUCAAUUUCCACGGAUUUUUUAUCAUCAAUUUCAUCGAAUCCUUGUAGCAGACCUUCUUCAGAAUCAUGUUCUCUUGCAUCCCUGUCAGAAACUGAUUCUGUUAGUGACAAUAUGUUAUUUGCCGAUUACAAGCCCCCACAAUGGACCCCUAACACCCCACAACAGAUUCCUAUUACCCCAUGUCGGAUCCCCAUCACCCCUCAACGGACUCCUAGUCUUAUUGCUUCAAAACUUUCAGAACUCAGAGAAGACUUUAAUGUGUCUCCAGGCUUUAAUGUGUCGUCAGGGUUCAAUGUGUCUUUAGGUGCAAAUGUACCCUCUGGUUCUUUAGGCACAGAGUGCAAAUAUCCAGAAUAUGCCGACGAACAAAGCCGACUAGACUCUUUCAAGCAUUGGCCCGCUCAUUUGACCCAAACCAGUCACCAAAUGGCUAAUGCUGGAUUUUUCUAUACUUCAUUCAGUGAUUGGGUUCGCUGCUUUUGUUGUGGAAUUGGGGUCCGCAAUUGGGCGGCAGAAGAUGACCCCUGGGUCGAGCAUGCGCGAUGGUCUCCUAGAUGUGCUUACGUACGACUGAUGAGGAAUCCUCAAUUCUUGGAUGACGUAGAACGUGCUGUGCAGGAGAGAGAACAGGAGCAAGAGAUAAUAAAUCAACCGAAUGUACCACUUGCAAUACCCUCCAGAGUUGCAGAAGACGUUUCAGGUACAUAUGUCAAACCCAGUAACCCUAAGACUGCUGAGGAAUACCCCGAGAAAACAUUGGAGAAAAAUCCACUAUUAACGGAUGCUGCCCAAGCCGUGCUAAACAUGGGAUUCCUACCCAAACAAGUCAAACGAGCAAUAGAUGUUGUUCUUCAAACGAAAACAUGGCAGACAAUGACGGCAGAGGAUAUUGUUGACGUUCUGACAGAGAUAGAACAGGACAGCGCAGACUCCGACUCAUCCAAUAGCCAGGAACCGGAAACAGGAAACGGAUGUCUUACAGGAGAUAUGGAAAGGCUCAAAGAAAGAAACGAAGACUUAAGAGAACGAACACUAUGCAAAAUGUGUUGUAUAGAGAAAGUCUCCAUUGUUUUUCUUCCUUGUGGUCACUUGGUCAGUUGUGGCCAGUGCUCCCCUGCACUCAGAAAGUGCCCCAUGUGCAGAAAGGAGAUCAAGGGAACAGUGCGGGUUAAGUUUGACUGAGAGUAUUAUAAAACGUUCGGAAUGAUAACUGUGAUACUCUUUGAGAAUAAUUAUAAAUGCGUUUUGAAAUUGGGAAAUUCCGCCUUAGCAGUGCUUAAUAACAUUUUCCAUUUUGUUAAUAAACUGAGUUUCUACGGAGAAGUGAUUUGUUAUAUUAUAACUUUAUAUGGAAUUAUUUUGGUUUGCCUGAAG